AUGGAGUCUAUUACAUUAGAUCACGAACUUAUCAGAAAUGCAAUCGCAAAUGUUGCAAUUUCUUUUGAUAUGAACACCUUUGAGGAGCUUCGCAAUUCAUUCACAGAAGACUGUGUAGCGGACUAUACAGGUUCUCUUGGUCUCAUGAAUGGCAUUGACACUGUCAUCCAGCAGUUACAGAAGACCAUUGGGCACGUCAGCACUUUCCAUAGCUUGAGCACACAAGUCAUUCAACUCACUGGAAACAACACGGCUCAAGCUACCACAUAUGUUUCAGCAAGCCACUUUGCCGACGACAAGUCGUUCUUUGCCGAAGCCAGAUAUCUCGAUAAACUUACGAAGGUUACCGAGGGGGGAACGGUGAAGUGGUUGAUUGAUUAUCGAUUGACCACCAUGAUGGGUGUUCCGAGGGGUGAUAUCUCUAUAUUCAACAUGGAUUUGGAGGGGUGGGUAGACACCCUAAAGGCGUGA